AAUUUAAAAUUCUAACACAAAGAAAGCAGGAGGAAAUGGAUAGAAAUACAUGCAUCCUGCGGCACCGGAGCAAUCCCGGAAGUGGAACGCGAAGGAUAUAGACUCGAUAUAAAGCAAUGUGGAGCAUUUUUAGCCAGAUUGUCUAACAUCAUCUCAGUUUGUUUUAGAGCAGUAUAUCUUGUUAACUGUGGGUCCGUUUAAAUUAAGUUUUGUAUUUAUAUUCAUGGCUCCUAGAGGAUGAUUGUUGGUGAUUAUGAUUGGCCCCUUAUCCUUUUGUGUCACACCACUGGCAGGUCAAAAUGUCUUGAUCAUGAACACUAGUCCAUGUCAAGUUAUGUGAUCCUUAAUGGCACAAUGGUUUUCAAUUAUACUCAAAGAUUUAAAGAACAGAUUUAUCACUGACAAACGUGUGACCUCUCAGGUCAACACACAAGGGAACCCACAAGCUCAUAUCUCAAAAAACUGACGUGACAGACGUAGUUUUGAUUUUGAGUCCGCUCAACAUCGUUCUGCUCUUCAGUCCUUUUAUUCUAAAAUCCAUCCUCAGCCCCGACGUGAACCCACCAUGUCCGGGAAGGAGCGCAGCCCCCGCCAUCGGCCGUGGUCGGUCUACCGGGCCAACACGUUUGAUCUCUCAGCUGAGAUGAUGGGGCUGGCUCUCUCGGGCAACAGUCAGGAUCCAGACGAGCCUGUUCUGGAGUUUAGUGUUGCCUGCAGCGAGCUGGUCACUCCCUCUCUGGACCGUAAGCCAACCAGUUUUGUUGCCAUCAGCUGCACCACUCCGCCCCAGGCCUUCUGGACCAAGCACGCUCAAACUGAAAUCAUAGAGGGCACUAGUAACCCUAUCUUCCUGAGUAGUGUGGCGUUCUUUCAGGACUCGCUGAUCACUCAGCAGACUCAGGUCAAACUUUCUGUCUACGAUGUAAAGGACCGCACACAGGGCACGAUGUACAUGCUUGGUUCGUCCAUGUUUUCUGUGAAAGAGCUGCUGCAGGACAAACACCACAGACUGCACCUGACUCUCAGGUCAGCGGAGAACGAGCGCGUGGGGAACAUCACCGUCAUCGCCUGGCAGAUAGAGGAGAAGCGCGAGCAGAGAGCUCCUGUUACAAGAUUACAGAGAGGAGACACUGUGAAUGGAAGGAUGGUUCUCCCUGUUGAUGAAAGCUUGACUGAAUCCAUGGGCAUUAAAUCCAAGUCUUCAUCUCUGUGUAAAGACCCACUGCUAAGGGCUGUGUUUGGGGGCGUGAUGUCACGAAUGUACCGGUUCCCCACCACGGACGGCAACCACCUUCGGGUCCUGGAGCAGAUGGCGGAGAGUGCUCUCUCCCUGCAUAUUCCUCGACAGUUUGUCAAGCUGCUGCUGGAGGAAGACGCUGUUAGGGUGUGUGAGCUGGAGGAACUGGGCGAGCUGUCUGCAUGUUGGGAGAACCUCAGGAGGCAGAUCAUCACACAGUAUCAGACCAUCAUCCUCACCUAUCAGGAGACCAUAAGUGACUUGCACGAAUACAAAGGUCCUUCAUUUAAGUCUAGUACUUUGAAAGCUGAGAGGAAGUUGGAGUUUAUUCCUACUAACCUGCACGUCCAGAGGAUGAGAGUACAGGGAGUGUCUGGCUAUGACCGGACAUACGAUGUUGUGACUAUUGGUGCUCCUGCAGCACAUCAUCAAGGCUUUAAAGGCUGCGGCCUCCGAAAACUGCUGCACAAGCUUGAAGAAGCCAGGAAACACACUUUUGAGGAGGAAAGUUCUGCUGGCUCUGGCUCUAAAGGAAUGGCAUACCAGCCUCAGGAUGUGGUGAAAGCAAAGGAGCUGAUUGGUCAAAUAAACACUCUGAAGACACAAGUGUGUUACUACACUGAACGUCUGUCUCGAGCUGCCAAGGAACGCUCACCCAACGCUCUGGAGAGAACACUGUCCAUCCUAUCAGAGAAAACUCGUCAGUUAGUGACCGUGUGCGACUCCAAGCUGCUGUCCUCAGCCAUCCUCGCCCUGGCAGCCGCCCGUCCAGAGUCCACUCAGCAGAGCACCCCAUCCCCGUCCUCCUCCUCCCUUUCACCCUCCUCUUGUUCCCCAUCGCGUUCCCCAUCCCGCUCCCCCUCCCGCCACCCAACCUCCCCGUCUCGUGCUGCCACCUCGCCUUCUCGCCAUACAGCUCCUCCAGAGGGCAGCGAAGGGAGUAAAAACAAGCGCUCCUCCCUUCAGGGAGAUUUACAGGAGGAGGAGUGGGGGAAGGUUUGGCUAAAUGUUGAUAAGAGCCUGGAGUGUGUGAUCCAGAGGGUGGACAGGCUGCUGCAGCAAGACAGACUCCAGAGCGACAGUAGCUCUGAGGAUGUCUUCCUGCUUGCCAACGAGGAACCGGGUAACACUAAGAAAGAUUGCAGCCCAGAUGUAGGAAAGAAGUCCCCAGGUGAGUGGAGCGACGCUCUGUACCCUCUCCUCACCACGCUGACGGAUUGUGCGUCUCUGAUGAGCGACAAAGCCAAGAAGGCCAUGGUGUUUCUGCUGAUGCAGGACAGCGCCCCCACCAUCGCCAUGAGCCUCACCCUGCAGUACCGCCGCGACGUUGUCUUCUGUCAGACGCUGACGCCGCUGAUCUGCGGCUUCAUUAUCAAACUGAGGAACUCUCUCUGUGACUCAGGCUUCCUCAGGCAGCUACACACCAUCGGCUUACUGGUGCAGUAUGAGAGCCUGCUCAGCACCUAUGGUGAGGAGCUGGCCAUGUUGGAGGAUAUGAGCGUCGGAGUGAUGGACCUGAGAAAUGUCACCUUUAAAGUUACCCAGGCAACUUCGGGUUUUGCCCCAGACAUGCUGCCGGUGAUCACAGGAAACAGGAACGGCUUCAACGUCAGGGUCCCGAUGCCCGGGGCGAUGUUUGACACGCUGCCACGAGAGAUCCAGAACGGGAUGCUGCUGCGCGUGCAGCCCGUUCUGUUCAAUGUGGGGAUCAACGAACAGCAGACGCUGGCUGAGAAGUUUGGAGACACAUCACUACAAGAUGUGAUCAACAUGGAGAGCAUGACUCGCCUCAGCUCGUACUACGACCAGUUUAAAGAAGUCCUGCCAGAUGACUGCCUGCCUCGCUCCCGCAGUACCACUAGUCUUCCCGAGCUGCUGAAACAUCUGAGCCAGGAUGUGAACGCCAAGAAAAACAAGAACGUGGAGAUUUUGUGGCGGGCAGCCGAGGCAUGUCGCCGCCUGAAUGGAGUACGUUUCACCAGUUGUAAGAGCGCCAAGGACCGCACAGCCAUGUCCCUGACCCUGGAGCAGUGUCAGAUCCUGCAGCAGGAGCACGCCCUCGCCCCACAGGUCUUCUACCAGGCCUUGGACUGUAUGCGCAGUGAGGGCUGCAGGAGGGAGAACACCAUGAAGAAUGUGGGAUGUCGUAAAUACGCCUUUAACUCUCUCCAGCUCAAGGCCUUCCCCAAACAAUAUCGCCCUCCAGAGGGGACGUACGGAAAAGUCGAGACCUAAGUGGACUCUUCUAACUGGAGGAAAACCCAAAGACUGAACGGGAUAAUGAUGAUAGCACCACACAAACAAAAACACCAAACUGGAACAACAGCCCUUUGUUUUGUGCUUAGUCACUGUUAAGAUGAUUAAUGUCCAAGUGCCAGUGCUACUGUAGAUUGUUUUAUAGUGGUUUCCCCUCUCCUCUAGUAAUACUAAAAUCACACACUUUUCACGGCCACUUCACAGCCAGAAACAGUAAAGAUGGCUUUCUGUGUUACUUUGUAGCCAGUGUGCAGACAACACUGUUUGCUGCUGUACCACUUGUAGCAUUAGGAAGCGUUCAGCUGAGUCAUUUGUCCCUAGAAAUAGGAUGUGCAAAUGUCUCAGAGAUUAGAAAGAUGAUGUGGGACACGUUUGUCCUUGUCCUUGCUGCUUUUAUGUGAUUUUACCAGUUCAUCAGGUAAAGGAUAAGGCUGUAGAUUCCAUGCAAAGCCCAAAACAAAUUUGAUCCUACUGACACUGGCUACUGAUCCAGCUUAUUCCUGUGUGUCAUAGAGCUCGAUUGUUGUUCAAUAACUAUUAAAAAGCACAUUAAUGAGUCACAAUGUUGCACUGGCUUCAUUAUCCUUUAUUAUGGUGAACAUGAGUAAAUCCCACAUACACUGUCCUGCUGCAGUAAAACUCACUAGUGCACCAAAUGCACACCUGUAAAUAGUCUCUAGUCUCGCUAUGCCAGACCCUCCUCCAAAGCGCGCUGAAGGAGGGUCUGGCUACUCCACAUAGCAUUCGGGGAUGGGAGGAAAACGUGCUCUGUUUUAAUGGAAUUUCUUUAAACCAAUCUCAAUCGUCAUGGGCGGUGCUAAACAGUGCUUACAGAGCUGCUUACAGAGCCGCUGCAAAAUAGUAAUGCAAGAGAAAACUCAGAUUGGACAGAUAGUCUAGCUAGCUGUCUCAAUUUACCCUGCAGAGAUCUGAGGAGCAGUUAACCAUAGUCCUCAUUAAUCUAAUCUAAUUUAAAAAUUCCAACAAAAAGAAAGCGUAAGGAAACGGAAUAUACAUGCAUCUGGUGGAAUUUCCUCGGCACUGGAGCAAUCCCGGAACUGGAACGCCAAGGAUAUAGACUAAUAGUCCCUAACAAAUGCACUACUUACUCCUGCUUGAAUAACAUUUGUUAAUUUACAGUGCCCAGCUGUUUUAGGAAAUUACCGAGCCCUUUAAAAAAUAAUAUUUGUUUGCCUUUUUUUAAGGCAAAUCAGACGGGGAAAGGAAGUAGAAAGUAUUAAGAAACACGAUAAUACAUUGUUGGUUUUGGUCUUUAAUGGGAUAAUUGACAGUAAGAAAAACAUAGAAUAAUACCAGCCUUAUCCUUUAAAGCUACGCUAGGCAAAUGUUUAUGAAAAAUUUACUCUUUUCCAGCCUAAAACAUAAAGUGAAGCUGCAUUGAGAGCAGGUCUCAUCUUAUUUGUCAAGACAAGCGGUGACACAUUUAAGACAAUGGUAACAGCAGCAAGCAAGCAUGUGUGUGAUUGUCUGGAGAUUACAAAACAUGACAAUUUUUAUUUAUUUUUUCUUGAAAAUAUGCUUUUAGGAAAAUUACUGUGUAUCUUGCUGCCAUUUGGAGCUGCCUACAUGUGAAGUUGCCUAGUGUAGCCUUUGAUUAGACCAUCAGGUUUGUCAAAGCAGAUGUAUUUGCCUGUUAACAUAUUUCUCUGGACCUAAAGUCAAAGCACUUCUUUUGUUUAAGUGCUUUGAGCCUGUUAUCUGUUUCCAUUCCACUGUCUCUCCUUCUUCUUGUCUUCUUCAACCACAUCAAUAUUUAACACCAUAUCACUCUCUACAACAAGCACAGAUGUUAAAGACAUACAUUGCUGACACCACUAUCUGGUAUUUUAAUUACAAUGAUGUCUCAUUGAAUCUGAUUUCUGAGGUUCCUCUGAUGCUAAACUGGAAGCAUCGAUGGGGAACUGGUUCACAAAUUGUGGGCUUCAGUGGUGCAUCAUUUUAUUCUAUAAACAUAUCUACAGAUAUGUAAUACAUUUUUGAAGGUUAUAUUUAGUCCUAUAGCGUUUUUAUUUAUUUCAAGUGUGUGUACUCAGUUUUACAGCACUGAGUUGAAUUAUGCAGAACUUUGUGAUCAAAAUUGGAUAAAAACUUCAUUCAUUUAACCUGCAUGAAGAUAAAUAAAAACACAUACUGCUUUCUACUAUUGCAAUUGUUGAGAUUAAGAGUACCCAUGAGCACUAGAUGUUUUUAGACUGAAGUGAAAUAAUGCAUAUGGCAUUUUUCUAAUGACCACCAAAAACACCUCUACUGUUGUUAGUUUACCAGUGCCGGGCUCUAAAGUACUUUAUUGUACAAAAUUUACAGAGACAGUGGAUUUGAUUUAUAAAUGUUAAUUUGCUUACAUGUAUUUAUGUUGAUAGCUGUUGUUGCCAAAUGCUGUUAUCUUCUAUCCAUUGUUAUUGAGUAAGUUAGGACCUUGUUCUGAUAAGUUGUACAUGCACACAGACUGGACAGGGGAGUUUGAGAGACGCCUGCACCCCCACAGAGGUAUGAAG